AUGACUAUGAGCAAUAUAGAUAAUUUUUCCUUUCCAUAUCGUUGGUACCUUUAUUUUUAUGAGAGAAUCUUGGGGAGCUUAAUUGGUGACCCAACUGACAUGGGGAGCUUUUAUACUACUGAAAGAGACCCCAUUUUCUUUGCUAACCAUGCAAAUUAA